AUGGACGUCGGCCACAGCAACGUCUACGUCAAAAACCUCCCGUCGGCCGUGGACGAGCCCACUCUCAACAACCUGUUCCAGACCUAUGGCACCAUCACUUCCUGCCGCAUCAUGGGCACCCGCAACCCGGGAGGCCACAACUUCGGCUUUGUGCGCUUCGCGACGACCCAGGAGGCGAUGGCGGCGAUCGAGGGCAUGAACGGCGCGCAGGUCGGCGACCUCACAAUCGAGGUGAAGUUCGCCCACGCGGACGUGGGCCAGCGGCAGGGCAAGGGCGGCCAGGGCGGGGAGGAUGCCGGCCCUGCGCCCUCCGACAACCUGUACGUCCGCGGCUUCCCGGGCACGUGGUCGGACACCGACCUGCAGGGCAUAUUUCUCAACAUCGGGACGAUCGUGGAGUGCCGGGUGCUGUACAGCAAGGAGCCCGGGCGGGGGGGCGUGGGCCUGGUGAGGAUGAGCAGCCCGCUCGAGGCCGCCAACGCGAUCAGCGCCCUCAACGGCAAGAUGCCCAACGGCUGCCUGGAGCCGCUGCUGGUCAAAUACGCAGACAGCCCCGCGGACAAGGAGCGCAAGGCGAGGCACAAGCAGCCGCGGGAGGCCCGGUUCAGCCCUUACCAGAAGCCUGGCGGCGGGGGGGUGGUGCUGGGCGCCACCGGUAUCCCCAACCAGAACCCAGGUAUGAUCACCCCGCUCGGCGCGAACGGGACAGACCACCUGGGCCAGAUCGCACUGCAGGGCCACCUGGGUGUCCCGGCGCCCGACCAGGCCAUCAACGCCCUCGCGAUGCAGACGCCGGGGCUGGGGCUGGACGGUAGUGCGCUGAACCAGCUGGCCCUGCAGAGCCCGGGGCUGCUGGGCGUGCCCGGGCAGCCGGGCGCCGCCAACCUGAUGGCCGCCGGUGGAGCGCUGAGCGCGGUGGGCGGGGCCGCGGUGGGCGGCGCGGGUGCGGGGGCGCCCUCCUGUAGCGUGUACAUUCGCAACCUGCCCCCCGAUGCGGACAAGCUGUACUUGUACGAGCACUUUGCGCCGUAUGGGGGCGUGGCGAGCGUGAAGCUGCUGUUCAAUGAGUCGGGUAACAGCAGGGGGAUCGGGUUCGUGAACUACACGGAUCACGCGUCCGCGCUGAUGGCCAUACAGGCGCUGAACAACGCCAAGCUGGGCGAUAAGCCGCUGCACGUUAGCCUGCAAACGCAAAGGAAAGACAGAAAGGGCUUGUAG